UCUUUUAUUCAGGUAUAAAAUUAGAAAGGCUUUUAUUAGUCUUUGGUGAGGGGAUUAAUCCUUAUCACUAGAAAGCUAUGCCUCUUCAAAUGCAAUGUAAAUAUAAAUUAUAGGGAGAAUUUUUCUUUGAUUCAUUGUUACAUGUCACAUAUGUUCCUAUUGGUUCUAUUCUAAUCUCUUUUAGCCAAGCCAAUUAGAUGAAGUCUGAGACUUUUAAAGUGGCACUAUAAUCUUCUUAUUUUGAUAGGGGAAGGAAAAUAAGCACAAUAAUGUAAUUUUCAUUAUUCAUUUUUUGUUCACUUGUAAGCGUUGAUUUCGCUAUCGGAUAUUUAUGGAUAGUUUCUCAGUAGCUUGUUGCGCUUUUUAUUUAUUCUCUCUUUUUAUUUUGCACUCAGUUACAUCUUGAUUUUCAUCUUGAACCAUAGCAAGUGAGAAACAAAGAAGAGAGCAACUGAAUGGCAAAUACAAAAUCCUGAGGAGUGUUAUCCCAAGCCCCACAAAGAUGGAUAGAGCCUCUGUGGUGGGUGAUGCCAUUAAAUAUAAUAAGGGAGCUGCUCAGAACGGUCAAUAAGCUCAAAUAACUGGUGGAGAAGAAAAGAUGUUGAAGGGAGAGAUGCAAAAGGUAGAAAGCGAAAGAUGAUGCUGCAGAGAGCUGUAACAUAAAGCCUUUCAGCAAUCUAGAUGGAUGCAUAAGGACCUCAUGCCUUCAAAGGAAAUCAAAAGAUAUCUAACCUGAAAUUUGGCUUAUUCUUUUUGCAGGUCUUAACCAGAAUUCGAUACUACAACUAUCACGUGGCUUUCCUGUGGGGAAAUCUUCUGGUUCUAAGCCUGGUGUUGCUGUGGUUGUCGAAAGAGUUAGGAUACGCGGACUGUCAAGGUUUAGAAACCUGAGUAAAUUUGCGCACUCCAUGAAAGUGAAGGUGUUGCCUGUAGAUCCAAAUGUUCGCAUUCCAAAUAGAUAUCUGUUUCCAUAUGUGUGUAUUUGUGAAGCCUAUCUGCUUUUGAAGAAUCUCUUUGUGCACGGCAUGAAUAUGUAUUUGAUCAAUGAGGGCAAUUUUGUGCGUCUUGUUCGGGAAUGCAUCUCUUGCUAUAGGAAUGUGCUCACAAGGCUAGCGGGAAAAAGUUACCAAGGGUUCUUGGGUUCGAUCAAUGUCUCCUUUUGACCACAAGCUCUUAGAUAUAAGGACUGCUAGCUCAAUACUGGCAUCCUUCUUAAGCAAAUCGUUAGCAUUUUAUUAUAGCAGCGCAAUGGCAGUUGGGAUCAUUCUUUUGAUACUUAUGAUUCUUUACCAGGAAAUUUCAUGUUUACCCCUUUGAAGCAUGAGAGCCAAAGUGCAAAGGCACAUCAGUGAUAAAGUGAUUUCUAAAGUCGUGAUAAAUAAUGGCAACUGAAACCAUCAACAAAGGCGAAUUCAUAAUUGAGCAUAUUGGAGAAGUAAUUGAUGACGCUUUAUAUGAAAAAAGGCUUUGGGACAUGAAAUAUGGGGGUGUACAGAAUUUUUACAUAUGUGAGAUUCGUAAAGAUUUUACUAUAGAUGCAACCUUCAAAGGAAAUAUGGCUUGCUUCUUAAACCAUGGUUGUGAUCCUAAUUGUGUUCUCGAGAAGUGGCAAGUAGAUGGUGAAACGCGAGUUGGUGUAUUUGCUUCCCAUACAAUAGAAAUGGGAGAUCCCUUGACAUAUGAUUACAGAUUUGUGCAAUUUAGACCUGAGGUAAAAUACCAAUGUGGUGCCCCAAAUUGUCGAGGGAUUUUAGGGGUGAAAAAGAAAAUUGUGAAGUUAGAUAUUUGUUGGGGUUGGGGAUCAAAGCAUAAGAGAACUUCAGCUGCAUGUCCUGCCAUAGAAAUAUAAUAAUGGGAUAAGAGAUUAAUGGAAUAAUAAUGGGAUCUCUUAAUUUUUCAUUAAUGUGUAUUGACUGUAGACAAACGACUAGAUGACAUUGCUGGGAGUGCAUAUUAUGUUGCACCAGAGGUACUUCACAGGUCCUAUAGUGUGGAAGCAGAUAUAUGGAAUCAGAAGUACUCUGGAGUGAGCAACAGAGCAGUGUAAUAUUUUUUUGAUAAAAAAUUUUAUGCAUUAAGAGUUACAUGUUAAAGAGAUUUAUAAUUAAAAAAUCAAGUUAUGUUAGAUAUUUUAUUUGUAUAGGGAUUAUUACUUUUGAUUUUUAAUACUAAAAAAUCAUAUAUUAUGUUUAAU